AUGGCAUCUUCCGACCCUAAAGAAAGGCAAAAACUAAUAGGAAAAAUAAAUGAAUUCACAUCUUUAAAAGCAAAAAAACAAUCCCCAUGAAUGGAAUUUACAAACACAUUGUUCAUAAUUGGGCAAUCACAUUUCGAGUUAUUCUCAGUCUAUAUUAUCAACAUUUUACUCAGCUUGGACUAUAUCUUUUAUAUAUAAAUAGAAAAAUUACUAUUAAAAUUUAACCUUUAUAGUUUUCAUCAUUAAUUUCAAAUAUUAAAGGUAUACUACAUAUUGACAACCAUGAUACCACUUUAUUUCACACAAGAACAAGGCACUUCUGAUACCGCAGCAGGGGUUAUUUUUGGCCUAGUAGGAAUAGUGAUUGGGAUUUUCGCAAUAAUUUUAGGUCCAAUAAUAAACAGAUUUGGCUGCAGAAAAUCUUUGAUUUGUGCUAGUGCUUUUACUUUAAUUGGUUUUUUAAUGGUUUUGAGCACUAGAAAUUUGAUAGUAAACCUAAUAGCGAAUAUUUUAUUUUUGUCAGUUGGCUGCGCGAUGUCUUGGUCUUCAGUUGAACUUGGUGCAAAACUUUUUACAGUCGAAAAAGCAAGAAAUACUAGUAAUUCUCUUCUUAUGAUGGGGAAUUUUUUUUCCGGAAUCAUUGCAGGGGUUUCUAUUGAUUGAAUUUGGAUCACUGAUACAGAUUUAGACCAUGCAUAUUUUCUAAUAUAUUUCACAGCUGCGGUGGCUGCUGGCUUAUCAUUGGUUGUAUCUUUUACAAUAACUGAUCCUACAGAAAAUAUAGAGGAGGAAGAAACUGAAGAAGUGCAAUUUUCUUUUGAGCUAUUUAAAUCCAAAAAAUUCAUCAGAUUUUCAGCACUAAUACUGUUAAUUACUUACUUACUUACUAAUUAUUGGUGUUUAAGGUGUAUAGUGCCCGCACCCCUAUAAAAAGGGUCUAAGCCAGACUAGUGACGUUACCGAGCCAUCUUGGAUUAACCUGGUCAGCCCAGGCCCAAGCCUUCUAUCAAAGCUUCGCCGCCAGCCUUGACCGCACGUCUCACCCAAUACUGUUAAUUACAGUUCUCAGAAGUGGCUGCUUUGGACACUUAGACGCAACUUUUCCUAACUCCCCCCCCUCCGUGAGUGAACAAAACCAUUAGAAAAAUCCUAUUUUUUGAGUGAACAAAAAUUUUUUUAAUAGAAAAAUUUUUUAUGGAAAAAAAUUUGAUAUAUAAAUGAUAAUUAGUAUAAUGAAAUCUAGAGCUAAUUCUGUUCAAUUUUAAACGAAUUGCUAUUUAAAAACAUAAAUUUUAUAAAUUAAAUUAAUAUUUGCGUUCCAAUUUUUGCGAAUUAGGAUUUUUUUAAAUUUCGAAAAAACUUUUUUUAUAAAAUUUAUAUAUAAAUUUUUUAAAAAAAAAAAAAUUAACCCCCCUCCGUGAGUGAACAAAAAUUUUUUUGUUCACUCACGGAGGGGGGGGAGUAAGUAUUUAGUAAGACAGUCUGGUGGUAAAGCUCAUUUUGGGGCGUAUUUAGCAUUACAUUCUAUAACGAUGCUGGUUGGAGCGUUAGGAUUUACACCACUUGCCUUUGUGCUUUCUAGCUAUGCGCUCAUAGUAAUUGGCGGCUUUUUGGGGGCAAUUGCUCCAUUGAUUUUAGUUUUUGGGAUGAAUUCCAUGUUUUGCAUGAUAUUUGUGAUAAUUAUUUCAUGUGGUGAGUGUAUAUGAAUUCCUAGGCUUUUGGAUUAUACUGUAAAAAUAGCUCCAAAAGGAACUGAAGGGAUUUAUUUAGCACUUUGUAAUUGCCCGUUUUAUUUUGCAAUGAUUUUGACAGGAGUUUUUUCUGGAAGCUUAUUGGAGGCGUAUUGUCCUGAAGACGAUAACUCAAAUUGCUAUAAAAUGUGGUUUGUCAUUGGGCUUAGUACGAUUUGUAUCCCAAUUAUUUUGGUUAUUUUUAGACCAUGGCUAGAAGAGCCUGAAAUGAAAUCUGAGCUUGAAUAUGUGGUUAUUAAAGAGCCAGAACUGAAAUAUGAUAGAGUUUCUAUGGGUUAA